UGGUAAGACGAACUUAUAAAGAAUAAAACUGGAAUAGUUAUGUGUGAUUGACCAAUAACCAUAGUCUUCUGAGAAGCCUUAAAUUCUUGGACGUAAUGGAUUUUAUUGAAUGCAAAUAGGAGUUUCUCAACUCUCAUACCCGUGGCAUUCAUGUUGAGGCGAGGCGAGUGUUUUCUUGAAUUGAGAUUCUGAAAAUACAUACUCGGAGCAAAGAUCAAAGUUAUAUGAGAAGAUGGCAAGAGAUCUGGAUGAACAUGGGGCAGCUUUUCUGAAACAUGGUGAAACCUCUCAGUCAUUGUCACUUUCAGAUAUCUUUACCCUAAAGGAUGGAUCUGUAACACCUAUACUGCAGCCAGCAAAUCCUCCUGUGCGGGCUAUUGUAUUGCAUUUGAGCACUGAAUUCUCUGUACCGAUUGCGGAAGCUGUUAAAAGCAUUUUUAAUCCAUACUUCGAUAAAGCAAUCUGGUUUCAGAACUCUAGUGUGUACCAUUUUAGCAUGUUUCAUGCUUCCCACCGUCUUACACCUGUGCCUGCCACUGAAGAAGCGAUAGAAGCUGAAGCAUCUGCUGUGCAAGCUGUUGCUGGGACAUUCUGCCCUUUGAAUAUUGUUUUGGACAGGGUGGUUUUGACUUCAGCUGGAGUUCUUCUCGGUUGCUGGCAGGUGACCUCUGGUACAGAUCCUGUUAUCAUUCGUGCUAAGUUGCGGGAUGCGCUUCCACAUGCACCAGAGAAGCAACUUUAUGAUCCUCCAAUUCUUUACACGUCGUUUGCAAGGCUUUUGGGUCCACCUAAUGCAUUGCCUACGGAGCACAAAACCUCGGGUGAGCUCCAAAUCUUCCAUGAGCUAGUUAAUCAACUAGACAAUCAGAUCCGUGGAUUCAAGGCAGUGGUAUCGGAUCUCUGGUACGUGGAGGAAUAUGAUGUGCUUGCACUUGCACUGAAUGGAAGAAUGGCUAUUCGCAAGUUCAAACUCUGCUGCUCAGGAGCAUGAAGUUAUGACAGGUGCAGACUAAUUUCUGAAUAUACGAAGUAUAAUAAGUUCACAGAUGAGUAUAAUUAAUACCACAGUACCUCUGACAUAAUGUGCAAUAACAGGUGAAUAAUAUAUGUUGUUAUAGUGCUUGCAUUUGUUUAUGUAAUAUAUCUCUCUCAUCCUUUUCCGAGUUCUA